ACGUGGAUUUGUUAGGUUUUACCUACAUGUUCUUGGGAAGAAAUCGCGGUUCGGACUUUGCCUCUAUCUAGGUUGUCACCUAUUCGGGCAACUUACAAAGCCGGUGUCUCGACAGAGCGACAUCUAGUUCUACCUAUCUUCGCCUGAACAGUCUCGCAUCAGUACAUCUUUAGCGUGCUGCUACUUCUUCUAAAUCCUAAAAUUUACACAUCUUACCAACCAAACCAGCCAUCAUUAUGCACGGACGAAGAUCGGGUGCCGCGGCCCUCCCGGCCACCCUUUUAUCUCUUCUUCUACUUUUCCCGGCAUCGUCUCUCGGCGCUAGUCCGGCGAUAGCAGACCGAGCUUUGUAUAUCCGCGAUACCGCUCUUGGGCUCUCUGCGGCUGCAGCCUGUGGUGACAAAGGCUCUCUCACGCACUGUUUCCGCAAUGUGCCGGAAUACGUCGAGGCCGACGACCUAGAGCGAUGUUUCCGCAACGCCGGCUGCACGAGGGCCGAGUCCACCAUCGAAGCCGCCUUCAUCAUCAACAAUUUCCACAACGGCAAGUCCGUCGCCGAACUUCGACGGCGAGGGCCUGAACCCGUGCCAGCUCCUACACCAGCACCUACGCCCGCACCAGCAGAAAUCAGCACCUCAUCCGCAACCGCUACAGGCAGCGUCUUCUCAGCCUCCAUCGAAUGCAGUUCCGAAACCACCACCAAAGCCACCUCCUGCCCCAUCCAAUCCACGGGCAGCGAAUCCGGGAAAACCCUCCCGUGCUUCGAGACCCAAGUCCCGACGUCGGUCUGCAAGGCCGAAAACUUCUGCUCGACGGACAAGGACGGCAACGACCUGUGCAUGCUACGUCAUGACACUCUAGACGUCGGCGAGAUCAUCGUCACCGCCUUCCUAGCCGCGGUUUUCGGCCUGGGCUUCGCCACCCUGCUGUUCUUCUGCUGCCGCGAUAAGAGCGCCCAACGCAAGCGGAGGGCGCAUGCCGAGGCCGUGGCCAUCGCCAAGACGGCUGCUGCGAACGCUACCAGUGCUACGAUGGCGGUAAACGAAGAGACCGCUAUCCCGCCCAAGCGCGAGCCGAGCGUAGGGACUGGUGGACAAAAUCCCUUUGUGGAUUCUUCGUACGCGGACGCUUCGUACGAUGCUCCGGGUCAUGCUCCGAGCCACCAUUAGUAACGGUGCGUUGGAGACGUGUAUUCCCAGGAGCUGGAGCGGAGUCAAAUUGAAGAGGAAUGGAACGAAGAGAAUCGAAGAUGAAGAAUGUGUUCAUACGAAGCGGAAAUGACGAAUGAAUUAUAUCAUAUCAUGGAAUUAGGCAAAGUCGGGCGUGGCGAGGAUAUGGAAAACGGGACUUUCGGGCUCACGAUGUUGCAACUCGCUUAGAUACCUCGGGUAAUUGGUAUUUUCAGUCCUGCGCUAUGCGGUUGUCUUUGUCUUUGUUAUCAUUAUGGAGUAAUUUUUUCCCUCCACAUACCUCUGUGCCCAUUGUCUUUUGUUACCCUUUUAUAAUGCCCUUCUAUGAUGCAAUGACCAUUAGCCUUGGCAGAUAUAAUUGAAUUCAGCUAUAAUGAGCUUUGUAUGAAUGCUAGCCGUUAAGCUAC